CUUAUGCAUGGUGUGGCUAAAACAUAGGCAAAUUUUAAAAGGACAACCAAUUCAGGCAUUUAUGAAUGGCUAAGAGAGAAUAGUGCUGUGCCUCAAACCACUUUCUCAAAUCUUCAACCAAACACUCAAAUAUUCUAUUGAUCAUCACACUCACAUCUCUAGAAAAACCAAGAAACAAAAAUAAAGAAGAAGAAAAACAAGAAAAAAAAACAAGAAAGAAGAAAAUGUCGUGGCAAACAUACGUUGAUGAUCACUUGAUGUGCGACAUUGAAGGGCAAGCGGGCGUUCGCCUCUCGGCCGCUGCUAUCAUGGGCCAAGAUGGUGCUAUUUGGGCUCAGAGUGCUAGCUUUCCUCAAUUGAAGGCAGAUGAGAUCAAAGGCAUAAUAACUGAUUUCGAAGAGCCCGGGCAUCUGGCCCCGACUGGCCUAUUCAUUGCAGGAACAAAAUACAUGGUCAUCCAAGGAGAGCCUAAUGCUGUCAUUCGUGGAAAAAAGGGCUCUGGAGGGAUCACAAUAAAGAAGACGGGCCAAGCACUAGUUUUUGGGCUGUACGAGGAGCCCGUUACACCGGGCCAGUGUAACAUGGUUGUUGAGAGGCUCGCUGACUAUCUCAUUGACCAGGGUCUGUAGGCCCAAUGGCCCAUUGCAGUUUUUUUGGCUGCAUCAUUUAUUCGAUUCCUAUCAUUUUAGACUUUUUUAAGGUUUUGCCCAAAUGUUACCCUUGUGUCUUUUCCAUUUGUCUUUUCAAAGUCAAAAGAGAAGAAUAAAAUGUGGCCGCGAUUAGUUGACUAGGAACGUCAAUUUUAUUUUUUUCCUUAAUUUUGAAUUAAAGAUCCACCUGAGCUGGUGCGUACAAUUUAUUUUCGUUAAGCUUAAAUGUAUCAGUGAAUAUUUUCCAUCUCAAUAAGAUAUGUAACAAGUGGCUCGAUUUUAAAUAACUUGUGUUCAUUAUUUUUUUCCCAGUUAA